AUGUUCGACGUCGUAGUUAUCGGAGCCGGGCUGAGUGGUCUUCAAGCAGCGUAUUCUGCCCAGAAGACGGGACUAUCUGUCGUUGUUGUUGAGGCUAGGGACCGUGUUGGAGGAAAAGUCUGGAGUGUUCCAUUAGCCUCAAAACGUGGCUGCGCCGAUUUGGGGGCUGCUUGGGUCAAUGACACGCUGCAGAAGCGGGUUUGGUCUUACGUUGAGCAGUUCGGCCUGCAGGUAGUCAAGCAGAGACUGGAUGGCAAGGCCGUAAUGCAGACGGACCAAGGAGAAAGGAUUGUGUACCCUUUUGGAAUCACUCCAGAGUUCACUCCCGAGGAGAAGAAGAACCUGGAAUUCAUCCGCGACCACAUCCAAGCUGCUUCUUUGAGACAGGAAGGUCCCCGUCCUGAAGACGAUAAUGUAACUCUUGACCAAUAUGUCCGUAACCUUGGUGCUGGCCCCAAGACGGUGCAGAUGAUCAACCUGUGGGCUCGCGUCAUGCACGGCCUCGAAUCCUCCCAGGAGUCAGCGGCAUGGUUCAUCGACUACUGCCGUCGGAACAAAGGGCUUCUAGCCGUCCGUGCAGAUGACCACACCGGCGGCAACUACAUGCGUAUCACGACGGGCGCACAGCAAAUUCCCAUCGGCCUGGCUGGCUUGGUCGGAAGCAGCAACAUCCACCUGUCCUCCCCAGUGGCAUCCAUCGAAGAUCAGAAGUCUCGCGUCACCGUCACCACCACAACGGGCAAGACUUUCGUUGCCAGGAAAUGCAUCAUUUCUCUCCCUAGCACCAUGUAUCAAGACCUUAACAUCUCGCCACCCUUGCCAGCCCCCGUCCAGGAAGUCGCCAACGCGACGCUGCUGGGUCACUACAACAAGGCCAUCGUCUGCUUCGACAAGCCAUGGUGGCGUGAUCUCGGCUACAACGGCUUCGUCUUGAGCUACAAGGGCCCCGUCGUCGUUGCUCGCGACACCAGCGUUGAUGAGAAGCGGUUCUACGCCCUGACUUGCUUUGUCAACGGCAAUGAGGGAGAGAAGUGGGGUAAGCUGUAUCCGCAUGAACGGAGGAGGGUGGUGCUCGAGCAGCUUGCUGCGCUGUUCGAUGUUGGUCCGGACUCGGAGGUUUACCGCCCCAUUGAGUUCUUCGAGCAAAUCUGGAAGCAUGAGCCGUACAGCAAGGGUGCUUUGGCGCCGGUCACUGCGAUUGGACACUACACCAAGUUCGACUCUGUUUACGGUAAGCCUGUGGGUAAUGUGCACUUCGUGGGAACUGAGUUCUCGAAAGAGUGGAAAGGCUACAUGGAGGGAGCGCUAUGUUCCGGAGAGGAAGGUGCUAAGGAGGUGGUUGAGGCAAUUCAGCAACAGAAGCCAAGCGCCAGGCUGUAG